AUGGCCAGCUACAAGGAACCACAGGUCAACCGCCCUCAGAGCUCCCACAGACUCUCGGUGACCUCUACGCCCUCCUCCAAUACGCCAAUUCGUCAUGCUACAUCGAGAUACCACUCUCACUCGGUCUCUCUCGGGGCUGUCAAUCCGUCCCACCGAAUUACCAGACGCAAGAGCAUGAAUGCAAGUACAUUCAACAACGUCGCCGUCAUUGCAGCUGCACUCAAUGAUAUGGACGACAAGGGUUCCGCUCCCUCGAAACGCGGAAGCCUGAACUUGAAGACCGCUGCAAGUAGCCGAGGCGUCGAGUCUAGCAGAUAUGGUGGUUCUAGAGGUGACAGAUAUCCUCUGGGUGGGCUCGCAAGCAACAACGAGAAUGCCAAUGAAGAAGCAAUGGACGACGAAGGAUCCGUUAUCGAGGAUGACUUUCUACCAAGUGAGAAUGUGAGCACCGGAUCGAAAGCAAGAGCCAGGCGUGCAAGCGAAGGCUCAUACCUCACAAAGGGCGAGGGUAAAAGAUCAAGUGGUGAACUUAGAUGCGAGAAAUGUGGAAAGGGUUACAAGCAUAGCAGCUGUUUGACGAAGCACCUGUGGGAGCACACUCCUGAGUGGAUAUUAACAUCAAAGCUUCUUAUAUCCAAGCAUCAGCAAGUCCAAUUGCUUCAAGCUGCCUCGGUACUGGUUGGAAUGAACCAAGAGACAACAGCAGCCGAAGACACGACGAAGCCAUCAGAGAGCGACCACUCAUCUGCUUCUCCUGCCGCAUCGGGAUUCUCGGACGUAAGAGAAGAAGAAUACUAUAUUAGCUCAGCUGAGACCACGCCUCCUCCCAUGAACGAACAUUACGCCAUGGUAGAGGAUGCAGACAGCAGUCGAAGCAAACGACAUAGCGGCAACAGCUCAUCAUUCUCGAGGUCGUACCAAUCUGCUCCGUCAUUCUCGCUGCCCGCUGGUAGCAAUUUAAGCCAAUACCACCAGCAACGAAGACCAUCUUCAUCUGGCGUUGCAUCUGCAGAGGUAGAUGAGGAAGAGGCGGGCUUGGUGGCUGCUGUUGAAUCCUUGUGCAGCUUUGGUACCUCAAGGAAUGGCUUUGUCCCAUUUCCUGAUGAUGUCCCGCCGGUGCCCCCUGUGCCUGCUAAGUACCGCGAAUAUAACGUCAACAGGCUAUCCGGCAAUUUGGGACAACUCCCCGAAUUAGCCUUGUCAGCCCCAUCCUAUCAAUCGCUCUCCGAUGAACAAGAUAUGAAGAAGGGGAACAGCCACAUUGUCCACGUUCACGAGGACUACGAUUACGAUGACCACUCCAUCUCUCACGGGCGAAGUGACGAAGAGGACGAUGGGAUUUUCGGGGCAAUGGAGGGUGUAACUCACGAGCGCCUUCCCCGUGCAUCCAAUACCUUCGGCAGCAGACUUGUCUACCUGAUACAUCUUCGAGAACGCGUCGUCGAGAGAAGGGCCCGCAAGGCAGUAAUCUUCCUCAAUGCAAGCGAGGCGCUCUCACCACAUCAUCUGAAUACCGGUCGCCAUGGGAGGACGCUGUUUCGUUUGGACUCCGAGCCUGGGAGUGUGGAUGCGAAGGAGAAGGCGGCAGACUCCCAUCAGGAGUCCCUUGGCGAAGUGAAAGCCGACCUCCACGACGCUGUUGCCCAUCAGGCCUUUGACCCUCCGCUGGCCGGAGAGGAGCCGCAGCGCCUUCCCCGAACCCACCGCGGCGAAGAAAUAUUUCCGGUCCUCGUUCCCGCUCACGGGCAGCUCGGGCAGAGAUAA